AUGCUUGAGGCUAGUAAAGUAUCGACUUAUGGUUAUAGUGAUAAAGCUAUAGAUGAGGUACUAACGGCGAAUUGUUCAACCCUUGAUGAGCUUGAAGAUUUUAUUGACCGAUCUUUUCAAAAUGCGAAUAUUCUGAUGCAAAAUAAUAAUAAUACCAAUAUCUUCCCUGCCCAAUCUAUUGACAGCUCUACCCCAGUUCGGACACAAGAUGAGGCUAUGUUGGGCAUUACAGUGAAACAAUUUCGCAUGUUCAAGGAUAAGAUUGA